AUGGCGGCUCUGGAGUGGUACGCACACAAGGCCCUGGGGGACGGCGUGUACUGGAUCCAGGAGCGCUUCUACGAGUCCGGGAACCGAGCCAACAUCUGGCUGGUGCAGGGCUCCCACCAAGACCUGGUCAUCGACACUGGGCUGGGGCUCCGCAGCCUUCCGGACUACCUGAGCUCCUCCGGGCUGCUGCCGCACGGCAAGGACGGGGGGUCGGGGCGCCGGCCGCUGAUGGCGGUGGCCACACACGUCCACUUUGACCACGCUGGGGGCCUGCACCAGUUCGAGCAGGUGGCCGUACACCGGGAGGAGGCGGAGGCUCUGAUCCGGGGGGACAACUUCGAGACGGUGACCUGGCUGUCCGACAGUGAGGUGGUGAGAGCCCCGAUCCCGGGCUGGAGUGCCAGCCAGUUCAAGGUGGAGGCGGUGAAGCCCAGCCAUAUCCUGGAGGACGGUGAGAGACACCUGGAGGAUGUGUGUGGGGGAGACCAGACUACUGACUGA